UUGCCGCUGUGGCAGUGGGACGAAGUCACCCUAGCUCAUUCGUCCGUGAAGGUCGUCUGCAGACGUCGAGGGUCCGAGGGUCGACGGCGCAUGCGCGCUGCCUGCCGCUUGUCGCCAUUCAGUCGAUCUGCAGCCGCGCUCCGACACUGGCCGGCGACCAUAGCCAAAAUACAAAACCGGCACGCGCCUAUGAUAAAAAAAAUAAUUUAAAAAUAAAUAAGUUAUUACUCACCGGCCAGUGAUUUCAUUGGCACAUUAAAGUGAUUAAAGUGAAUUGUGAUCAUCUCGAUCACCAAAUUGCAUGGCACUGCAUUUCCCGAAGACAUUUAGGUAGCAAAUGAACAGCCUAAUGCCAGUGGAGUAGUAUCCGUAUCAAGUGAUGAUCAGUGCCACAGUAGUAUAGGAAACCAAAAUGGCUACUGCAACACAAGAGUACCUGAAUGGGAUGAGACCCGGACCUCUCACGCGAGAGAUCCCCGAGUGCAUGCGCGAGAAGUACACUGUCCUGCAGUCUGUGUUCGAUGUCAUAGUAUUUGUUAUCAUCGGCAUAGGGAACAUAAUAAAGGCCUUUUAUCGGAGUUUAGUCGGCGAUCGUAAGAAGGACUUGAAAGGAGGAAUAGCGUUGGUGACGGGCGGCGGCGGUGGCCUGGGCAGCCUCAUAGCGCUGCGGCUCUCGAGACUCGGAUGCACAAUAGUGUUAUGGGACAUAAAUGAACAAGGUUUGGAAGACACCGUGAAGCUAGUGAAGGGUAUCGGUGGCAAAUGUCAUGGUUAUGUCGUCAACCUGGCUAACAGGGAGGACGUCUACAGGGUGGCCAAGCGUGUGGAGCAAGAGGUGGGCAGGGUGUCGCUGCUCAUCAACAACGCCGGCGUGGUGUCGGGGCAGUACCUGUUGGACACCCCGGACCAUCUCAUCCAGAGGACCUUCGACGUUAAUGUGUUGGCUCACUUCUGGACCGUAAAAGCAUUCCUGCCUGCCAUGAUUGAACACAACGAUGGCCAUAUAGUGACCAUAGCGUCUAUGGCUGGUCAUAUCGGAGUGGUUAAGCUGGUCGACUACUGUUCUUCGAAAGCGGCGGCUUGCGGUUUCGACGAGUCUUUGAGGAUGGAACUGGAUGCUCUUGGGGUCAAAGGGGUGUCCACAUCGCUGAUCUGCCCCUUCUUCAUCAGGUCCACCGGCAUGUUUGAAGACGUUAAAUCGAGAUUGGUGCCGCAGCUGAACUCUAACGACGUGGCGGACCGCGUGGUGCUGGCCAUCCGAACCAAUGAGCCCAUCGCCCUCAUCCCAGGACUCUUCAGAAUACUCUUGCCCAUGAGAUGGAUCUUCCCGUGGAAGGUGAUAGCAGACUUCGUGCGCGUGCUGGUGCCGGACGCGGCGCCGAGCGCUCCCCCCGCUCCCCCCGCGACCGCUGCGCGCGCCCCCGCGCCGCCCUCCAAGGGAGACCCGCGGCCCAUGUCGCUGGUGCCGCCCGAGCGACACGACCGACAAGUCUGAUUUACCUUCUAAUAGACUCAAGUGAAGUUGCCGCUCUCAGCUAUACUCCGAGUAUACCCGUGAGCAGCGAACAUUUUUCUAUAGCCGUGGUUGUGGUUAGAAUAUCGAACGUGUAUGGGUGAUCCGACGCCUGCAUAUUGUGAUUUGCCAGAUUAGUACAUAAUUUACUUACAAUGAUUAUUAGGUAAGUAUAUUAUAUCCUUCGAUUGUCAUAUAUGAAGGUUUCAUGAAUUAUGCGGGGCCUUAAUAAUAAAAUCUAUUUCGACUAAGUUGAGGUAAAAAUAUCCUCAAAAUCGAUUUUGCUAUUCCAACGUUCUUGUAGUCAGUCACUAACCAAAGUGAUACAAAAAAUAUAUACGUAGUACCAUAUAUCACGUUGUAAA